AUGGAACUUGCUAUUGUAUUAGGUUUAUUAGGUUUUGAGCCUGCUGGAAAAUCCAGAUUGAAUCAACUCCUACCCAGAGUAACUUGUGAGGGAUGCACUGCUUUUAGAGAUGCAGUUAUCAAAGGAAAUUAGUUAAUGUUGUAACUUUUUGCUUUGUUUUGUGAGAAAGGAAUGCAUGAGAAGUUUAAAUUUGUUCAUGUCAUUCUGACUGAUGGAGAGGAUAACAAAUCCUAAACAAGCUUAUCAGAAUUUCUUGAAUAUUAAAAACUUAUUCAAUAAAAACUUCCACCAAACAUCCUUUAAACAUUUUAUAUCGGUGUGAAUGUGGAGAACAACAACACUGUCAAACAAGAAAUGUCAGCAAUUUUAAAAUGUAGUGGAAAGUCUGCUUCGUAUUAUCCGAUAAGUAGUAAUUAAAUUAAUGACAUCUUUUAAAAAAUUUAAAUGCAGAUUGGCAUCAGAGUUUAAGAAUAAGGAGUUAUAAUCGAAAAUAACUAAGCUAGAUUUGCUUUAAGGUAAUAAACUUAUUAGCCAGUGGUGUCUAUGUAAGUUAACAAUUACAUUGUACUUUUCACUCUUGAUGUCUCUGGAUCUAUGAGUGAUCAUUGGUAUAAGGUUUGCUCUGCAGUUAGAAGCUUCCUUGAUACUCUUGGAUCGAAUGAUUUAGUACUAGGAAUUACCUUCAAUGACACUGUAUAAGUUUUAACUGCGACGUAAUAGUAAUAAGCAGCUAAAAAGACUUAAUAGACUUCCACUCCUCAAAGAACUUAAUAAAGAACCUAAAGUUCUCAGCCUUAACGUUAAAUAAAAGGAGUGGAAAGAACAGAAAAUGAGAGUAGCUGUUGCUAAAUAUUUUGA